AUGUUGUUCACGUCGAUCCUUCGAGCUCUGCCAGCGGCACUUCUAUUCUCUGGCGCUCAAAGUUCGCCUCUUGGUGAUCUUGAGAGCCGUCAGACGACUAUCGAUGCAUUCAUCCAGGCCCAGACGACCAUCUCAAUCAACGGUGUGCUAGCCAACAUUGGUGGAGGUGGAAGUAAGGCACCUGGCGUCCCAGCUGGUAUCGUUGUAGCCAGCCCUUCGCGUUCGAACCCUGACUACUGGUACACUUGGACACGUGACGCUGCCCUUACAUACAAGGCACUUGUCGAGCGCUUCAUUGCUGGCGACACAUCCCUUCGCGAGAAGAUCGAUGACUACGUAACUGCCCAGGCCUACCUUCAAGGUGUUUCGAAUCCGAGUGGAGACCCGGAUUCGGGUGGACUCGGUGAACCAAAGUUCAAUGUAGACCGCACCGCAUUCACUGGUGCAUGGGGUCGCCCUCAGCGUGAUGGGCCACCUCUCCGUGCGACAGCUCUGACCAUCUACGCCAACUGGCUGAUCGACAACGGCGGAAAGACCCAAGCUCUCAACACUGUCUGGCCAGUCAUUGCAAAGGACCUUGCGUACACUGUUCGCUACUGGAACCAGACUGGCUUCGAUCUCUGGGAGGAGGUCAACGGUUCCUCGUUCUUCACCCUUGCUGCAUCUCACCGUGCUCUCGUCGAAGGUGCAGCCCUUGCUACUAAGCUCAACCAGACCUGCAGUGGAUGCGCGGCCGCAGCACCACAAGUUCUCUGCUUCGCACAGAGCUUCUGGACUGGCAGCUACAUCGACUCCAACAUCAACGUCAACGACGGCCGCACAGGAAAGGAUGCCAACUCUCUUAUCUCUUCCAUUCAUACGUUCGACCCUAACGCUAAGUGCACCGACGCUACUUUCCAGCCUUGCUCUGCCCGAGCGCUUGCCAACCACAAGGCCGUGACUGACUCUUUCCGUUCUGUAUACGCCAUCAAUACGGGUAUCGCUCAAGGCAAAGCUGUUGCAGUCGGAAGAUACUCCGAGGAUGUCUACUACAACGGCAACCCAUGGUACCUUACCACCCUGGCAGCGGCUGAGCAACUGUACUCCGCUCUUUAUCAGUGGGACAAGCAGGCUUCCAUCACCGUCAACUCGGUUUCUCUCGCCUUCUUCAAAGAUCUCGUACCCUCAAUCGUCACCGGAACAUACACCAAGGACUCUGCAACUUACACUUCGAUCACAUCCGCGGUCAAGACCUAUGCCGAUGGUUACAUUGCUGUUGUCCAGAAGUACACCCCAUCCAACGGCGGCCUUGCUGAGCAAUUCGACAAGAACACCGGCGCAGCGUUGUCUGCUGUCGAUCUGACCUGGUCCUACGCCGCCUUCCUGACUGCUACCGAGCGUCGCGCCGGCGUCGUCAGCCCAACCUGGGGCGAGCCAUCCAACAACGUGCCUCCCACGUCCUGCACCGGUACUCCCACUUGCAACGCGAAGAUCACAUUCAACGUCCGUGCAACGACGACCUUUGGCGACAACAUCUUCGUGACUGGCCAGCUCACCCAACUCGGCAACUGGGACCCUAACAGCGCGAAGGCUCUCAGUGCUAGCAAGUACACAAGCAGUGACCCUCUUUGGACUGCUGAUAUCGAUCUGCCUGCCUCCACGGUCUUCGAGUACAAGUACAUCCGCAAAACGUCGGCCGGUGCGGUCGUGUGGGAGAGCGAUCCUAACAGGAGGUAUACUACUUCAGCCGGAUGUGACAGCAGUGCGACGGUCAACGAUACUUGGAGGUAA